GCUCAUAUAAUUAACAAUAAUACCUUCAAGCCUGUCACCAUCAAGAUAGUCAUCAACAAAAAAAAACAAAUUGCCACCUCUUUCCUUUCAAUCCAUAACUUGUACAAGAACAUAUCGAAAUCUGUAGAUUUUGCAUCAACUAAGAAGUUCAAAUGGAUGUAAAGCUCCCACUCUGCAGCCUCAUCAUUCUACUGGCAGCUAUUAAUGGAAAUGGAUUGCAAAAAAUGGAUAUGAGAAUUGAGCAAGUUCAUUCAUCACCCCACAUGCAUCACCACAUGGAUCCUUCACUCAUCGUCUUCUUCUUCGUAGAGGAUCUCACGGUAGGAAACACCAUUCCCAUCUACUUCCCGAGCAGAGGACUUGACUCUGUCUCUGCACAUUUGCUCCCAAAAGAGGAAGCCGAUUCCAUUCCCUUCUCAUCCGACCAACUCAACCACCUCCUUAAGGUCUACUCUUUUCCCCGGGGCUCGCCUCAAGCCACUGCCAUGGAGGACACCCUCCGCCAGUGUGAGACGAAGCCCAUCAAGGGUGAGACUAAGACCUGCCCGACAUCUUGGGGUUCGAUGCUUGAUUUUGCUACUAGCAUCAUUGGCUCAGGGACCGAGAUCAAGAUUCUGUCAACCACUCACGUCACACCAUCUAGUGCCAUUCUACAGAAGUACAAGAUCAUGGGGGUCGAGGAAUAUCCGGCUUCGAAGGUUGUGGCAUGCCAUACGAUGCCUUACCCUUAUGCUGUUUUCUACUGCCAUUACCAAGAGAGCCAGAGCAGGGUGUUUAAUGUUUCACUUACCGGAGAGAAUGGUGACCGGGUAGAAGCAGUUGCAGUCUGCCAUAUGGAUACAUCGCAGUGGAGCCGCAACCAUGUCUCCUUCAAGGUGCUUGGAAUCGAGCCAGGCUCCUCCCCUGUGUGCCAUUUCUUUCCAGCUGAUAACUUUGUCUGUGUUCCUUCGGAUGCUUUGAUGCAGCAGGCUUGAGCUUGAGCUGCUUGGUCAUAGCCUUUGCAAACUCUUGCUGAAAAGCUGAUGGGCGUUCGAGAAAGAGAGCAUUUCUGAGAGCAUAUACUAGAGGCACACCUGGAAUCUGCCCGCUAAAAGUUAGUGAACAGCAGUUUGGAAGUACGUAUGACUAAGACAAAGUCGAGGAGAAAAUCGGCAACUGCGGGGAAUUUUAAGAAGUUGACGAGGAGAAAAUCGGCAACUGCUGCUGUUCCAAACUCUGUGGCUAAGUCUCCAACUGGAUAUGAUUGGUGGGUUGACUUUUCUAUGCCCUUCUAUUAUUGUUAUUGCUAAUUAGUCCUCAGAGUUCAAUCCACAUUCUUUAUUUUGAAUACUCCCUUCGCUCCAUGAAAAUAGAAAUA